UAGGUGAUUCCACUUACCUUUCAUUUUAAAAUACCUUUGUAUUGGUAUUUCUCACCCUCAAGAAUUGCACACAAGAGAAAAUGAAUACUAGAAGAGAGAGAUGCAGUUGGUGCCAUGUGCAACUACUGGUGCCACCUAGGGCACAAACCAUUCAGUGUGCAGUGUGUCAAGCAGUCACCCGGGUUGGACCUAAUGACCCUUUGGCUGAAGCCCAAGACUCGAUUUGCCAGGCUGCAAGCUGGCUUAAGGGUUUUGUUAAUACAGUGUCAACCAACGUUAACACAAUGGCCUCUUCAGUGAAUAAUUAUCCCAUGCCAGGGUCAUCUUAUUGUGGUUAUUAUCCUCAACCAAUCCGACCUCCACCACCAUCAUUACCUGUGUCGGCACGUGGGAGAAAGAGAGCAGUUUUAUGUGGAGUGAGCUAUUAUGGGCGGAGUUACAGGAUUAAAGGAAGUGUUAACGACGUAAGGUGCAUCAAACAUUUCCUAGUCGAGAAGAUGGGAUUUCCAAACAACUCUGUGCUUGUCCUCACUGAAGAAGAGAUUGAGCCAUCACGCAUCCCAACAAAGCAUAAUAUCCGAAUGGCCAUGCAGUGGCUUGUUCAAGGAUGCCAAUCAGGGGACUCGUUGGUCUUCUACUACUCAGGCCAUGGCUCACAACAGCGUGACUUUAACAUGGAUGAGAUGGACGGGUAUGAUGAAACAUUGUGCCCUGUAGAUGUUGAAACUGAGGGGAUGAUAUUGGAUGACGAAAUUAAUGCCACCAUUGUGAGGCCACUCCCCCAUGGGGCCAGGCUUCAUGCCAUCAUCGAUGCAUGCCAUAGCGGAACUAUUCUUGAUCUACCAUUUGUGUGCAGGAUGAACCAGGAAGGAUACUAUCAUUGGGAAGAUCAUAGCUGCCUAGCAGCUACUUAUAAAGGCACGAGCGGCGGGCUAGCCAUAUCAUUUAGUUCUUGUGACGAUCAUCAACUUUCCGUAGAUACUACGGCAUUCACUGGUAAUGUUUCAACUGGUGCCAUGACUUACAGCUUCAUUCAAGCUCUGCAAAAUGAACCUGGAUUGACAUAUGGUCGCUUGCUGAAUGUCAUGCGUAAUGUGAUUCGCGAAGCUAAAACAGGAAUACGUUUAGACGGUCCCAUUGCAUCUCUUGUGAGAAAAGUGUUCCAUAUAGACUUAUCACAGGUGCCUCAACUAUCAUCCUCCGAGAAAUUUGACAUUUACUCAAAGCCAUUCAUUUUGUAACAGUAUAUACUCUCAUGUUCAAGAAAAGGCAAUUGCAACUAGAUUAAUAAUCAUAUUUGGCAAAAUCUUG